AUGGAGAGUGAUGGCGACAGCGCUACUGAUCGAGAAGAUAGCUUAACACGAGUACCGGCUAAGAGAAAGCGUUAUAAGCAGAAGUUUCGGGAAGAAUGGUUGCUGAAUAAAGAAUAUAGUGACUGGCUAAGAAAGGAUAGUAGGGACUUAUCGAAGGCGGUCUGCAAUGUUUGCAAUACAUCUUUCAGUGCCGAAAUAAGUGUAAUAAAACGCCACAAAGAAGGAACUAAACACGUGAAUAAUUUAAAGAGGUGUAGUGCUUCAACGUCCAAAAAACAACAGUCUAUAGUAAGCGUUUUUAAAUCCAUGCCAACUAAUGAAAAGCAAUUGGUAAAGACUUCAGAAAUAAAAUUAGCUGCUUUUGUUGCUGAGCAUAAGGUAUCUCAUAAUGUCAUGAAUCACUUAGCAGAUUUGUUACCAAAGUUGUUCCCAGAUUCUCAGAUAGCCAAAGAUAUUAGAUUAAAAAGAACUAAAGUUCAAGCUGUGAUAAAUAACUGUAUUGGGGAAACUGAAAAAGAAAACUUGAUCAGUGACUUGAAAUCACAAAUGUUUUCAAUUUUGAUAGACGAAAGCACAGAUAUUGCUGUAGUAAAAACAGUAGCUGUAGUGGUCAGGUAUUUUGAUCCAAUGAUUGGUAAAGUUAUCACUCGGUUUUGGAAUUUGAUUCAAUUAUUUGAUGAGAAAACCACCGAUCAUGUUGCAAAUGCCGAAAAACUAAUUAAUAUAUUUAAUACUGUUAUAGGUUCAUUUCAAAAGUAUGAGAUUCCUACGGAAAACAUCAUAGGUUUCGGCUCUGAUGGAUGCAACACAAUGAUGGGAUGUAACAAUUCAGUUUCAAGUUGA